ACACGGCGGUGCUCCUCUUCUCCUCCGGGACGACGGGGAUCCCGAAGGCGGUGAUGCUCAGCCACCGGAACUUGGUGGCGUGCCUGGAGCAGCAGGGAGGAGGGGAGAACCCGAACUUCCACGUUGACGGCGAUAGUGACAUGGCGCUCUGCGUGCUGCCGUUGUUCCACGUGUACUCACUGACGAUGGCGCUCGCCCACAUAAGGGCGGGGGCAGCCGUGGUAAUUAUGCCGAGGUUCAAAAUCGGGGCGGUUUUGGAGGCGAUUGGGAGGUAUCGGGUGACGAUAGCGCCGCUUGUGCCGCCGGCGCUGCUGGCCAUUGUCAAGAGUUCGGAGGCGGUGGCGACCGGCGGAAGAAAGUAUGACCUGUCGACGGUGAGGAAGGUGUACUGUGGGGCGGCGCCGAUGGGGAGAGAACUGGAAGCCGCCGUCAGGGCAAAGCUCCCGAACGCCGUGAUCGGCCAGGGUUAUGGCAUGACAGAAGCUGGAGUAAUAUCAAUUUGUCUAGGAUUUGCCAGAAAACCGUUCCGGUUCAAAUCCGGUUCGUGUGGAACCGUAGUUAGAAAUGUGGAGAUGAAGGUGGUUGACCCGUUGACCGGGGCAUCUCUUCCAAGGAACCAAAAGGGGGAGAUUUGUGUAAGAGGAGCUUCCAUAAUGAAAGGUUAUUAUAACGACCUUGAGGCGACGAAGAGAACAAUCGACGGUGAGGGAUGGCUGCACACGGGGGACAUUGGGUACGUGGACGAUGACGAUGAACUGUUCAUUGUAGACAGGUUGAAAGAACUCAUCAAGUACAAAGGCUUCCAUGUUGCGCCUGCAGAAUUAGAAGCUUUGCUCAUUGCUCAUAACUCCAUAUCUGAUGCUGCCGUUGUGCCCAUGAAGGAUGAGGCCGCCGGUGAAGUUCCAGUUGCGUUUGUGGUUCCGGCAAACUGUUCGAACAUUUCGGAGGAGGAUAUCAAACAAUACAUCUCGAAGCUGGUGGUGUCUUAUAAGCGGAUUCAUAGGGUGUUUUUCACUAAGGAAAUCCCAAGAGCCCCAUCGGGUAAAAUCUUGAGGAAAAAUCUGAGGUCAAGGAUUUAA